GCUGCUGCCCCGGCGGCCGCCCGGGGCGGCGCAGAUGGCGGUGCGCGGCGCCAACACCUUGACGCCCUUCUCCAUCCAGGCGAUCCUCAACAAGAAGGAGGAGCGCCCGGCGCCGGGGGGCACAGCGGUAACUGUGGCCGCGGCCCCCGCCGUCUGCUGCUGGCGGCUCUUUGGGGAGGCGGACAGGGGCGCGCUGCGGGGCGCAGGAGACUCUGUGCGGGCGUCUUCCGCCCGGGCCGGAACGGCGGCGGGGCAGAGCGCGGGGAGCCCGGGCGGCUGGGACUCCGACUCCGCGCUCAGCGAGGACGAGGGCCGGCGGCGAGGCACGGACGCGCCGGGAGCCAGCGGGGCCGGCCGAGCCGGGGGGGGCCCGGGCCUGGAGCCGUCCGUGUGCGAGCUGCACGGAGCCAAGGACCUGGAGGAGGAAGCGGCGGGCCGCAGCGACAGCGAGACGUCAGCCAGCGUCUCAGGCGACCGCAGCCCGAGAGCCGAGGACGACAGCGCGGGCUCAGGAGGUGCCCGCGGGCCGGGGCUGCGCAGCGGGGCCCGCGGCGGAGCGGCAGGCGCUGCGGAGGAGGAGGAGGAGGAACCGGAACCGGCGGCGCCCAAGCCGCGCAAGAAGCGCUCGCGGGCCGCCUUCUCGCACGCGCAGGUCUUCGAGCUGGAGCGCCGCUUCAACCACCAGCGCUACCUGUCGGGGCCCGAGCGCGCCGACCUGGCCGCCUCGCUGAAGCUCACCGAGACGCAGGUGAAGAUUUGGUUCCAAAACCGUCGCUACAAGACUAAGCGCCGGCAGAUGGCCGCAGACCUGCUGGCGUCCGCGCCCGCGGCCAAGAAAGUGGCGGUGAAGGUGCUGGUGCGAGACGACCAGAGACAGUACCUGCCCGGCGAGGUGCUGAGGCCGCCCUCGCUCUUGCAGCUGCAGCCGUCCUACUACUACCCAUACUACUGCCUGCCGGCCUGGGCGCUCUCCCCCUGCGCAGCCGCCGCGGGCACCCAGUGAGCGAGCGGCGCGGGAGGCGGCGAAGGAUUCCCGCGCCCGCUCCACGCGGGACCCGCUCGAGGGCGCGGAGGACGAGGCCCGCCCGGCUCGCUCUGUGGCCCGGGUCGGAACGGAGUCCGCACCGGGGAGCGCCUUUUUUCUAAUUUGGACCGAGGCUCCCCGUAGCCCAAGAGCCUCGUGUGGGCCCCGGGACACUAUUUAUUACCAGGACAAUAUAGGAUGCGGAUCUGGAUUGUGUCUGCCCGGGACGGCGUUUCCCCGGGGCGGAGAGGACUCCCGGAGAAAGUUCCCAGAAUUUCAGGCCUGCCCAGAGCUUCGUGCGCUAGGCCACACUCGUUCAUGGUAUCCAUGCUACCGAUCUAUGUGUAUCUACAUAUCUCUUAUUUUUGAAAAUUGCAUUUGUGACAAAUGAGUGCGCAACCCCGGCGGCCCCAGGCCAGGGGUUGAGGGGAACCGGAGAGGGUUUGGCGUGGACCUCUGCCUCGCCCUCCCUGGUCAGACCUCAGAGGGCGCCCUCCCGGGCGUUGAAUGUAAGGAAGAGAGCUCGUGAGCCGAGCGAGCGAGGGGCAGGCCUGGGAGCCCCAAGCGAGGAGGGCACGCUCCAUGGCUCUUCGCAGAAAUCUGCUUGCUUGCUUGCUUUUUUUUCCAGAGGAGGUUCAGACUUGUAGCACUUUGCAGUUGUUUGUGUUCAAAUAACGGUUAUUUUUGUAUUCAAUGUGAAGAUCCCAGCCUUUCCACGGCGUCCGCAGCUCCGCACCCCGCUUCCCGCGCCUGGCCUGGGACCCCCCAACACACACCUGUUCCAAGACAGGUGACCGACCCCGCCUGUCCUGUCAGCUCGCCGCUUUUCGCCUCCUUAGGGGCGCUGUGCACUCAACUAGAGUAUUAUCUUUGAAGAGAUUUGUGAAGUGUGGAAGCUGUAUUCGCUGUAUUUUUUUUCUUUAAUUUAUAAACUUCUAGUUUA